AGAGAGUGGUGUGGCUGCUGGGGGACUGUCUCCUCCUCACUCUCUGCUGCUCUGCCAGCCUGAGUGCACCUUCCCCAGCAGGUUCUGGUGCUGCCCUCUGCUGAGUCCUGGGCAUGAAUGGGGGGGCUGUCACAGGGAUGAGGAAUGUCUAAUCCAUCUGAGGCUGGGGACUCCAGGCACUAUUCCCUCCCCUCUCGUAUUACAGGCACUCUGAAACUUGGAGUUCAUCAUUGCACAAGCUGGAACAUUGCACGGGAGACACGAGCUUGUCCUUGAUGUGGAUUAUUAUUGGGAGGUCUGCCCCUGGACUGGGCACCUCGACUUGCAAUUUUUGGGAUUAUUAUCACCAGCAAGAGACAUACUUUUUGGAUUUAGGAAGGUUUGCGUCUCCAAGUUUCCCCCCCGGAAAAGAGAGAGGAGCUGUCACAGAAACUCGCAACAGCUUUGGGCUCCUUAGCCAGCUGCCUACGGCAACCUUCUACCUUGGGGCUCCAUGAGGGAGAGAUAGUAUAGAGGACCUUUUUACAGCAGGAUCAUGGAGGGCUUUGACAGCGACUGUAUGAAUAGCUCCUGGGGGAACUCCAGCCUGGAGAGCAGGAACCAGAGUGCCAACUUCACCAGGGACCCUCUGAAGAGGAACGAGCAGGUGGCCAAGGUGGAGGUGGCGGUACUGGCCCUCAUCCUGAUCUUGGCCCUGGUGGGAAAUGUUUGCGUUUUGAUAGCGAUUCACAUCAACAGGCACAAGCAUUCCCGCAUGUACUUCUUCAUGAAGCACCUGAGCAUUGCGGACCUGGUGGUGGCCCUUUUCCAGGUUCUCCCCCAGCUCAUCUGGGACAUCACCUUCAGGUUCUACGCCCCGGACAUCAUGUGCCGAUUGGUCAAAUAUCUGCAGGUGGUGGGGAUGUUCGCUUCGACCUACAUGCUCCUCCUGAUGUCCCUGGACAGGUGUCUGGCCAUCUGCCAGCCCCUGAGGUCCCUACACAGAAGAUCGGAUUGUGUCUACGUCCUGCUCACCUGGAUCCUCAGCUUCCUCCUGAGCAUCCCUCAGAUCGUCAUCUUCUCCCUCACCUCGGUGGGCAACGGGGUCCACGACUGCUUGGCCGACUUCAUCCAACCCUGGGGGCUCAAGGCUUAUAUCACCUGGAUCACCUUGUCCGUCUACAUCGUCCCCGUCCUGAUCCUCAGCGUCUGCUAUGGGCUCAUCAGCUUCAAGAUCUGGCAGAACAUUCGCCUCAAGACGGUCUGUGAGAGCAACCUGAGGCUGAGCAGCAAAAGGGCCACCCUGUCCCGGGUCAGCAGCGUCCGGCUCAUCUCCAAGGCCAAAAUCCGGACUGUCAAGAUGACCUUUAUCAUAGUGCUGGCCUAUAUCAUAUGCUGGACCCCUUUCUUUUAUGUCCAGAUGUGGUCGGUCUGGGACCCCGAAGCACCCAAAGAAGCCUCCUUGUUCAUCAUCGCCAUGCUCCUGGGGAGCCUGAACAGCUGCUGCAACCCCUGGAUCUACAUGCUGUUCACCGGACACCUUUUCCACGACCUCUUGCAGCGCUUCCUCUGCUGCUCGGCGCGGUACCUGAAGUCCAAGCAGCAGAGCAGCGACCUGAGCGCCAGCAGGAAGAGCAACUCCUCAACGUUCGUCUUGAGUCGGAAGAGCUCCAGCCAAAAGAGCAUCACUCAGCCAUCGACAUUGUGACCCCCCCCCACCACCCCCCUUUGUACUGGGUUGGGUUUUCCAGGUGGUGCCGAUGGUGGACACAAAAGAGGACAAAGCCUUGGGGACACUAGAUUAUCUUCCUUGCUGUGGAGUUGAUGAUGACCCCAAUCUUGGGAGAGGCAAGACGGGAGACUUAAAGAGUAGAACAUACGGAGAAGUGCACCUUCUGGAUGAACAGUACAUGUGACUGUUAUGUGGCUUCUUUUUUUUUUAUGUUUCAGUCAAUUGCCAGCAGUUUGCAGUCUUAAGGAUGUUUCUCCUUUUAUACAUAUCAGGAGACCUCUGAAACUCAAGGAAGCCAUGGGCGACUGGAGAGGGAACACAAGGCAUCCAGGUGUUAUUAGAAAGUAUUCCGGUCUCCCUUUAGAUGUGCAUGGACCUUGGUAAUUCCUGUUGCCCAUUGGUAAAAGCUGCUAGAUGUUCAUGGUUUCCAGGCUUUGGAGAUCUAAAGGGUCCCAGAAUGCUAACAAGCAGUGGUGGAACUACCAGGGUCACAAGGGUUGCACUCAUGACUGGGCCCUGGCAUUCCGCCACCAUGGGGGGGAGGCCCAAGACAGCAGGAAGGGGACCUCUGCAGGACAUGUGAAGGGACUGUAAGGCUCAGUUUAAAAAAGAUAAGAGUUUGGUGCAGAAUUACAACUACAUUUAUGUGGAAAAAUAUUUAUUUAUAAAAGUAAAAAAAUUACAGAAUUUAAAAACAUCCAUCCAAUUACACAAUACAGUUA